AUGAACUCUGUGAUUAUUGAUCCAAAGGGAAUGUGCAGUCAACAGAAAAUUCCACAUAAUCAAGGGUCUGCUGCAUUUGUACCCGUGUUUAUUGAACUUAGACAAAAGGAAGAAGGUGGUUUUAUGCCUGAUAGGAUUGCUUUAUUUAAAUUCACGCGCUGCAAGAAUGACAAGUGGAUUACACGUGAAGCCGAGGAAACUUAUCAAAAGAUGAUCACCAUGCUUGAGACUUCAGCAUCAAAUGAAAAUCCAAUGACUGUUGAUCAAGUUUACGAUGAUGUAAUGGGCACACGAUCAGGAUAUAUCAAAGGAAUGGGGAAUGGACCAAAACCACAAACAUCUAGAUCCACUCGAGCAAACACGUCCCAUCUUGAGGAUCAAAUGAAAGCGACUAUGAAUGAGAACUCUCAACUGAAGACAGAGCUUGCUGAUUUAAAGAUGAGGUUUCAACAAUAUGAAGAAUUACUUGCUGCAUUAGCGGCAGAGAGAUCUAACCAAGAGUGUUUCUUUUACUAUAAAAUUGGAGUAGAAUGA